AAUCCCAGAGGGCAAAUAAAUCAGCUUUAGAAGUUUUCUGUUGCAGCUUCAGUGACAUGCUCUGCAGUGCUGCAGACUCUCCCUCAUCCGUCUAUCUGACCAUGGCUCUGCCUGUUGUUAUAUUUCUGUUGGCUCUCACUUCCCUCAGUGCUGCAUCUGCACCCGACUGUAAGGACCUGGUCGAACCUUUUAUACCAGAGGACCCCAAACUGGUUUUUGGAAAAUGGGUGUAUGUGAUGGGAGCUGGUGACCCCAAGCCGUACCACAAGGCACUGGAGUCUCUGAAAAGCUCCUGGAUUGACUUGUGUCCCACUUCUGACAGUCAAGUUGUGACAUUACGUUGGGGAGAUCACUGCUUUAACCGGUGUAUCUUGGGGGAGGUAAACGCAACAGUCACAGGAAUUGCCACUACAUUCCGCAAAAAUCUGUCAGACCACAAAGGACACAUUCUAAAGACUUGCUCUGACUGCCUGCUGUGGACAGACACCUUUCGGAAUGGGGACGUCACCGGUCGAUACAUCCUGCAGUUCACGAGGACUGGAAAAAUUGAUCCCAAAGAUGUUGAAAUUUUCAAGAAACAAGUCGGGUGUCUGAACUUCCCAGAUAACUUCCACAGCUACGAUGGCAAAACCGAGCUCUGCCCCGAUGACAAAGAGAGCACAGAGUGAGCAGCAAUAAAAAAUAAAAAAGAAGAGAUACAGCAACAUUUGUAUUAAGCAAUAUGUGUAAUGUAGUAGUUUUGUUUUGAUUGAAUUAUUUACUGUACGCUAUGAAUGCCAGUGCAUAAGUGAUUCAUGAUUUUACAUAUUUACUUUAAAAAAAAAAAAAAAAAAAAACAGAUGGCGAUAUACUGAAUUGCAUUAAGAAAAAGAUGUCAAAACCAUGUCAUAUUUUUCAGAUUAAAACUAUAUCAUUGUUAUACGCUAACUGUUUAACUCCUACGAUUCCUUGAAAAACAGAAACAAAAAUCUGAAAAGAAUGGCAGAAAAUAUUGUGCUAUGCUAUCCAACUAAAUAAAUCAAAAAUGUCACACACUGCCA